AUGACCACCGCGGCCAGACCCACAUGGGCUCCUGCUAAAGAUGGAAAUGAACAUGGCGGUACUCGAAUUUUCGGUCCUUCCCAGAAGUACUCCUCAAGAGACAUAGCCUCCCACACCACUCUCAAACCCAGAAAAGAUGGCCAGGAUACCCAGGAUGAAUUAAAGAGAAGAAACUUACGUGAUAAACUGGAUGAACAUGAUUCCGAUGUUGAAGUCAACAGUGUUGAUGACGAUGAAGAUGACACUGAAGCUUUGCUGGCUGAGCUUAAACAAAUAAAGAAGGGAAGGGCAGAGGAAAAGCUACACAAGGAACAAUAG